AUGAAUUUCACAGAAGAACUUCAUUUUCUGAAACAAAGCUUUACAAUUUCCCUCUCGAAUCUCAUCGGUUUCAUUGUCCAUUUUUUUCUGUAUUUGAUCAACAUUCGAAAAGAAGCAAAACAUGUCAAACCGACAAAGGAACCCCUUUUACUGAUCAGCGCCACAAAACUUUCCGCUAAAAUUCGAGAACGAAAAGUAAAUCCAAUAAUCAAUGCUGUCGUCGAAUUGUACAAAGAGAAAGCUCUUCAAAAAGCUGAAGAAGUCGAUGAAUAUCUUGAGAAAUGUGAUCAAAAUGAAUUGAAUCAAUUAGCGUUUUCAAAACCGCUUCUCGGAAUUCCAUUCACUUGUAAAGAUAUGUUCGAUGUUAAAGACACAAAAACAACUCUUGGAAACUGGUGGAAAAAGGAAAACGUUUCAACGACGACUCAUCUAGUCAUUCAAAGAAUGAUUGACGCUGGAGCGAUACUCAUUGCAAAAACAACAACUUCAGAGGAUUGUAUGUGGAUUGAAUCAUCGAAUCCAUUAAAUGGAACAACUGGAAAUCCAUAUGAUACAAGAAAAAAUGCGGGUGGCUCAAGUGGUGGUGAAGGAGCGCUUAUUGCAGCAGCUGGAUCAUUGCUAGGCAUUGGCUCGGAUUUUGCUGGCAGUAUUCGAAUUCCGGCAGCUCUCAAUGGAGUCUAUGGAUUGAAGACAACAUCGGGUGUUCUUCCUCUGUCCGAAUUCCUCGACAAUCCCGUUGAGUCAAAAAUGGCCGUCUUUGGUCCAAUCGCCCGUUUCCCUGAGGAUCUAAACCUUGUUUUAAAAGAGAAAUUUCACUGGAUAACCGAGAUCCCAAAUUGGUUUUUUGGAAAAUCACGACACUCGUUGGGAUCAAUUUUUGAUUAUCAUGCUCUUGAUCGAAUGUAUGGUGAUGAAAAAAAGAAUGAGCUAAUCACUUGUGUUUCCGAGUUUCGUGCGGAUUUCGAUAAAAUUCUCGGCGAAGACUCGAUCAUUGUUCAUCCGACUUGGCCUCGAGGAGCCGCAUUUCAUCAUGGAGAAAUACCGUAUUUCAAUUACAUUCACACGGGAAUCUACAACAUUUUUAAUCUCCCAGUCGUCGCUUUGCCGUACGGCGUUGACAAUGAAGGAAUGCCGCUUUCUGUAUCGGUGAGAAUUGGCUAUUACUGUGAUAUUGAUGAAGAAGACUAUGAACUCUUAGAUAUAUUGCAGAUUAUUGGACCUAAUGGCUCUGAUGGUUGGCUGGUUGAACUCGCUGAGAUGAUUGAGCGAGAAAAAGAAGCUCAUAAA